GGCUAUGUCAUGGCUAUCAUUCUUGAUAGUGUCAUUCAACAUUUUGCUGAUAAGUAUCAAAUUGAUCCAGUGGCUCUCAACUGUUUCUUCUUCAACAAGACAAUUCCUGGUCAUCUUAUCCUUGAGAUAGACGAAUUAAAGAUGAGCAAGAAAGGAUACUGUAUCGUUCGUUGUAUUCUCAAGCAAAGAAAGGAUCUACAACCACUUGUCGAUCUUGCUACGUACAAUCCUUCUGAAUGGCAAGACAAAGUACAAGGUAUUUUCACCAUGGGCAAUAUGGAUAAUGAACAAGGUGUCACGUAUUACUACAAGGCACCUCAACCCCCUAAUCCAGACACACUAAAGCCUUAUCGCUACAUGUUUAUGAGUGAGUACUUGACGACUGGAUUUGAUUUGAGCACCAUGCCCAAGAGUGAUACUGAACCUGGUAAGCCUGAAGUGAUGCAGAAGAUUGGGUUCAACGAUGGCAGGCCGAUUGAUUACAAAAGUAUACCUUAUUGGUGUGAUAUGUUCACCACUCCUCCCACUUUGUUGGGACCUAGUGUUUUAGGAGGACCUGUGUGGUGCCCUACGAUGCAAUUAGAAGUACAAUUUAAGCGCAAGCCUGUUGGAAAAGAAGUGUUUGGUCAUUAUGUAGCAAAUCAUAUUAUCAAUGGACGCUUUGAUAUUACAGGUGAAUUGUGGACUGAACAAGGUGAUAUUUUGGCUUUAACUAGACAUCAAUGCUUGGUUGUGCCUUGGAGUCGUAAUUCUUCUGAUGAAUCAUCAGCCAAAAAGAGAUUAGAUGCUAUGAAGACUUACGCCAACAAAUUAUAGACUUUUCCAUUAGAACAAGCAACUUAUCUAAAAAAAACAAAAGAGAACCGCUAUUCACUUUCAUGCCUAUGAUUUAUAAGGGGGCGGUCGCUUUGAGCGUCUCAUUUCUAUGAGAAGGCGUAAACUGUACUUUUGUUUAUGCAUUCUUGUUUUUUAUAAGAAUAAAUAGGCGAUUUGAUUUGUUCUACCAAGUUUCUACAUGCCUAUGCAUAUCUACAAUAAAGUAUUCGCCUUUUUCUUUGAUGCGUUGACAUAAAAGUCAUGAAAUAAAGUUUCAUUCUACAUCCAUAUAGAAUAUCUACUCCUAAUAUAUUUGUCUAUAGAUUCAUAUAGUUUACUUAGG